CCACAUUCGCUGCUUUCAGUGCGGCCCGUGUCUUCAAUGAGUUUUGUCACGCUUUAGCGCAAAAACACAGCGGUACGAUAUCGAGAUCGAGAUCCCUACGCCACCAGAUAUAUACUAUAUAUAUCCUUCAGACAACCAUCAUCGACAGCAGUUAGCAGCAAAUUAAACGACUUAGAAGUAUCGGGUUUCACAUUCGACCAUAUCAAAUCACAAAAUGCUCACUCCUUGCCCACUGCUGUUGCUAGUCGCCACAGUCGCCGGUUUCAGCCUCCAGGCGCAGGCCAUCCGCGUGGACUGGGGCACGAACACGGGACCCAUAGCACCGCCCCCCCCGCGCACCACCCCGCAGCCACCGAGGAAGCCGUACCGGGAUCCAGCGCCCGUCUGGGAGGACCAGAGCGAUGACAUACCCAACCCCAAUCCCUAUGUCUACGUCCUACCACCGCCUUCGCGACCAAGGACCUGGGCGAUUCCCGCCGGACCUUAUGCCCCACCCAACUACAACAACCAACCGCCCGCGGGCAACAACAACAACUACGGACAGCUGGCCAGCAGUUCUUACAGCGGCGGUGUGACCUCCGUGCCCGGACUGGCCGCCCAGUAUGUGCCCGGAGUGGGCAUCAAGUAUACGGCCAUUGUGAUGCCCGACAAGCUGCAGGGCAAAUACAAUGCGAAGACCAAGAAGUACAAGGCCUACGAGAAGGCCAAGUACGCGUAUCCCUGGAACUAUUUACAGCAAUUGCCGGUGGAGGAGAAGGCCUUGGAAUGGCAGGCGGAACUCGAGAAGCGACUCGACGAGGAGCAAUCUCAGGCUAAGGCUCAGGCUCUCAGUUCCUCCACGACAAGCAGCACUUCCAGCACCACCUCAACGAGCACCAGCACCACCUCCACCACCACUGCCACACCAGCACCAUCAUCAUCACCACUAUUAUCCACAGACAGCAGCCCAACGACAACAUCUACAAGCACGCAGCAGCCGCAACAGCCCACAACAAUUGGCAAUUACAACAAGCUGGCACACGAGAAGAGCGCCCAUCUGAAGAAGCAUUCGAAGCAGAAGAAGCUCCUCCAAAUGCACAUGGAGCAGGAGAAGAUGGCAAAAAAGCUGCUGCAGCAGGAGCAAAACUCGUUGCAGACAAGUUGAGCAGCCAAACAAACAGCUACAGCUACAGCUGCGGCUACAGCAAAAAUACAAUCGCGAAACAAGAAAACAUUAAAGCGAACAUUAACUUUAAGACUUGCCCACAAUGUUGUAAAUAACUAUUAAUAAAAUUAAACAUCCCAUAAUAAAACCUAA